ACGUGACGUCAUUUCCUUGUGCUGCUCGUCCUUGCUGUCCUUUCCGCUUCAGGACAAACUCAUGGCUAAAAUGAGCAAAGAGACCAAACAGCGGCUGCAGCAGCUUUUCCAAUGCGGCCAGUUUGUCAUCCGAUGGGGCUUCAUCCCAACCGUGCUCUACCUUGGUUUCAAGCGUGGAGCAGAUCCAGGGAUGCCUGAACCCACAGUCUUAAGUUUACUAUGGGGCUGAGAAACAUCUCCACACAGACGAUCCUCUCUCCUCAUCAAGACCAUGGGACCCCACUUGUGUUGAAAGUCUGGGACAAAAUGGACGUCAUUUUUCACUUUCCUGUCUGAUAAGCUACAAAUGAUGUCCCCUCACGGUUAUGAUGUGUAUGACUGCGUUAUAUACCCAGUAGAAGUAUGGAGAGUGUUGGCGGCUCGAACGGAAGACGUAAACGUCAGUUGCUAUUUUGUUCGUGAACGUGUGACGACCAUGUUUGGAUGAACCAUUUAUUUCAUGUUUUUUUUUCCUCCUCUUUUUAUUUUUUAAUUUAAAACAUCGGCAAAAUAAAUCCUGGACAAAAACAA